GCUCCUAGGCGGAGGCUCCCCCUUCUUCUUCCUCUUCCUCUUCCCCCUCCUCCUCGCUUGCUUUGACAGCGACCUCGCGCCCGGGCCCGUCCUCGAACCCGCGGCGCUGACGUGGGGCGCGCGAGCCCCGAUCUCCCCAAGUACGCGCGCCAGGUAGAAACUGAGACCUGGAGUCUGAGUAAUUCGUUCAAGUUUACCAAGUUGGAUCAGAUUGGAUGGUGACCUGGGUCCCUAGAGAACCGUAAGAUUUUGAGUCCCUUUCUGAAGUUCUUUGGACAGUCUCAGAAGAUAGAGGGACAAGAAGAGAAUCACCAGUACUGGCUGAAGGUUUGCUGGCAUGGGUAAUCUCAUUAAGGUGCUAACCAGGGACAUAGACCACAAUGCAGCACAUUUUUUCUUGGACUUUGAAAAUGCCCAGCCUACAGAGUCCGAAAAGGAAAUUUAUAAUCAGGUGAAUGUAGUAUUAAAAGAUGCAGAAGGCAUCUUAGAGGACUUACAAUCUUAUAGAGGAGCUGGCCAUGAAAUACGAGAGGCAAUCCAGCAUCCAGCAGAUGAGAAAUUGCAAGAAAAGGCAUGGGGUGCCGUUGUUCCACUAGUAGGAAAAUUAAAGAAAUUUUAUGAAUUUUCUCAGAGGUUAGAAGCAGCAUUAAGAGGUCCUGGAGCCUUGACAAGCACACCGUAUUCUCCGACCCAGCAUCUGGAGCGAGAGCAGGCUCUUGCUAAGCAGUUUGCGGAGAUUCUGCACUUCACACUUCGGUUUGAUGAACUGAAGAUGACAAAUCCUGCCAUACAGAAUGAUUUCAGCUAUUAUAGAAGAACACUGAGUCGUAUGAGGAUUAAUAACGUUCCAGCAGAAGGAGAAAAUGAAGUUAAUAAUGAAUUGGCAAAUCGAAUGUCUUUGUUUUAUGCCGAGGCAACCCCAAUGCUGAAAACCUUAAGUGAUGCUACAACAAAAUUUGUUUCAGAGAAUAAAAAUUUACCCAUAGAAAAUACUACAGAUUGCCUAAGUACUAUGGCUAGCGUAUGCAGAGUCAUGCUUGAAACACCAGAAUACAGAAGCAGAUUUACAAAUGAAGAGACAGUGUCAUUUUGUUUGAGGGUAAUGGUGGGAGUCAUAAUACUCUAUGAUCAUGUACACCCAGUGGGAGCAUUUGCCAAAACUUCAAAAAUUGAUAUGAAAGGUUGUAUCAAAGUUCUUAAGGACCAGCCUCCUAAUAGUGUAGAAGGUCUUCUAAAUGCUCUCAGGUACACAACGAAACAUUUGAACGAUGAGACUACCUCCAAGCAAAUUAAAUCCAUGCUGCAAUAACAGUUCUGGAAUAAGCACCUGCUGUAGACAGAAGACAGUAUUCUGCAAUGACUGAGAAUGCACAGUUUUCUAGUGAUUGCAAUUACUAUCUCAUUUGUUCUUGCUCUUUAUUUCUUUCCUCUGUCCCUCUUCCCUCUUUUUUAAUCACAUUCUUGUUCUUAAGACUUCUUUUCUGUGCCAAAAUCAGUCAAGUUAUACUCAGAAGGGACCUUGUCCUUUCCAACAGGCCAUCUUAGGCAGCUAAUAUGCAUUGCAUUUGGGUCUCUACUGAGAAAAAAAUCUGUGACUUGAACUAAAUAUUUUUAAAUGUGGAUUUUUUUGAAAACUAAUAUUUAAUAUUGCUUCUCCUGCAUGGCAAACCUGCCUAUUCUGCUCUUUAAAAACCCUCGAUGACUUUAUUUUCUACUGCCGCUUUUUUCAUGUGCAGCCAAAAUGACAAUGUUUAAAUUAAGUGUGUUGUAUAAAUGGUACCCAACACGAACGUUUUUUAAAUUAGUAAGACUUUUUGUUUAAAGUUUUAAGUUUGCAUUUUGACUUUUUUUUGGUAAGGAUGUAUGUUGUGUGUUUAACCUUUAUUAACUAACGUUAAAAACUGUGAUGUGUGCCUAGAGUAUUACGUAUGCAUGUUCAUGUCUAAGAAUGGCUGUUGAUGAUAAAAUAAAAAUCAGCUUUCAUUUUUCUAA